GGCUGCUCGGCGCGUGCGCAGCUCCGCAAUGCGGGUGGUGGUGGGUGGUGGGACAGGCUUCGUGGGCAGAGCCCUGACCCAGCUGCUGCGGAGCCGAGGGCACCAAGUGACCCAUGUGUCGCGACGAGGGGGCAAGGAUCGGAUCAGCUGGGAAGAGCUGUCCCACUCUGGGCUGCCCCCGUGUGAUGCUGUGGUCAACUUGGCUGGUGAAAAUGUCCUCAACCCUUUCCGCAGAUGGGGUGAUGCCUUCUGCAGGGAGGUCACCAGCAGCCGGGUGGAGACCACGAAGACCUUGGCCAAAGCCAUUGCUGCUGCUGAACAACCCCCCCGUGCCUGGGUCCUCGUCACUGGCGUAGGUUAUUACCGCCCCAGCCCCACAGCUGAGUACACUGAAGACAGUCCAGGAGGGGAUUUUGACUUCUUCUCUCGCCUGGUGAGCUCGUGGGAGGCUGCAGCUCUCAUUCCCGGGAGCCCAACUCGUGGUGUUGUGGUGAGAUCAGGUGUAGUGCUGGGUCGAGAUGGUGGUGCAAUCUCUCAGAUGCUCUUGCCUUUCCGUCUGGGACUUGGAGGCCCUAUGGGCUCUGGACUCCAGCCCUUCCCAUGGAUCCACAUUCAGGACCUGUCUGGGAUUGUGUGUCAUGCCCUGGAGAAAGAGUCUGUGCAAGGCAUCCUCAAUGGUGUUGCCCCAUCCUCCCCUGGCACCUCCAAUGGCUCCUUUGCUCAGGAGCUGGCGGCAGCCCUGGGGCGCCCGGCCCUGUUGCCGGUGCCUGCCUGGGCUGUGCGGGCUGUCUUUGGGGCAGAGCGGGCGGUCAUGCUGCUGGAGGGACAGAGGGUGCUGCCCAAACGCACUCUGGAGAGCGGCUACCACUUCAUCUUCCCCGAGCUGCCUGCAGCUCUGAAGGACAUUGUGGCUUAAGGCCUCCCCAGUUGGGCUGGGCUGGGCCCUGUUUGUGUGAGCUCCCAUGCCUUCCCAUGAAAGAGGGGAGCCCUGCCCCUUGAUGCUUCCCCAUCUCCCUACAGAAAGGGUGAGAAAAGGGAUCCUUUUCCCCUGUAUCUCCCUGUGUGCAUCCCCAAUUUAGGAGUCAUCCCUCUUACUGCCACCUGAAUCUCAACAUCACCUGCAUUUGGGGAAAGAAAGGCACGAGCCCCUCAAAGGAUUGUGACUGUGGAAUUCUCCAUCUUCCCUUUUGCAUGGUGCUUGUGUGUGAGCUGCUGGCAAAGCAGCUGGGGGUGUAAUGUCUUCUUCCUGAGAGAUGUGGCAGCAGGAAACAGGUCCUAAUGCUGUUGUGAUUCUUCCAUGGUACUGGAAGUCACCCUUGCUGUUUUUCCUCAUGAUGACACAGGCAAAGCAGAAGAGCGUAAGUCUCUUUCUAGGUCUUGGUGGUUGUGGGAGAAGAUCCAUCUUAGGGUGCUGAAUACAGAUUGCUUGGAGACUCUGCCCUCUCUUGUGUCUGGUACCAGGCUGAUGUGUCAGUACCUUCAGCUGAAUCUAGUCCAAAGAGUUACACCCUUCCAGGGCUCCGUGCCCCUUGUGCUGUGGCAGGAACACUGCUUUGCCAGCCUGUAGGGAAAAGGGUGACAAUCAGAUGUAAUGGGCAUGUAGCCAAGGCAAAAGGGGGCACAGUCUAAGCUUGUGCUGAGGAGAGCUGGGUGGUGCAUCAUAGUGUGAGGCAGUGCAAGUCACAGCUUUAGUCUAAAGGAAGAUUUCAGCUAUUGCCUUCAUUGUGCUUACCUCAAAUCAGGGUGGUUUUCUUUUAUUGAUCCCAUGAGGUGGUGCUUGUGUUCAGGGUGUUCCCCCUGACUGCACACAGAAUAUCCAAGCUGCCUGGUCUGCCCUGGGGAGCAGUACCUCUACCCUUGUAAAGCAGAUUGCAAUUUCAUCAUCUCACAGUGGCAGGAAAUGUAUCCACAUGCUUCCCUUGACCCACUUCCACAGCCUAAAGUGGGUUGCAGGUUAUGAAGUCCACAGAGCAGCAAAGUUUAUUAUAGCAGUACUUCUGGAGAGACAUUCCUACUGUGAUGUAAGUUAGGGCUAGAAAAUUCUAUUAAAAGGCACUUCAGGCAGAUAAAGACCUACUCUUUACCAUCCAGAGCAGCAGCAGUCCAUGUAUUUUUGGUUUAUGCCAUGCUGUAGUCAGAGUAGCUGAAGGAUCAGUCUUGGUGAAGUCUGGAUGUCCCACUCUCCUGACUCUUUGCCCGUACAUACUGGAGACAGAAUGGCAAUGUGCUGGCUUUCCAGGCAGGAAAAACAGAGUGGGACUGUAGAUGGAACUGGACAUAGUCCUUGCAGUUAGUGUAAGCACAGCCAGGUGAAGUGGGACUUCGGGAGUAGUCAUGGAAGCAACAUGGUUUGAGACACAUGUGGGUUUCUUGGACUGUGUCUUUGCUGCCUGUAAGUUAGAUGCAGCUUCCUUCCUCUUCCCAAGAGCUUCAGUUUUCUGUGAGAGUAGGCUGACAUACUCUGAGAUACAGACCCAGUUCCUUGUGGGCCAGUACCAUGGGGGCAGUCAGCUGCUUUAGUUACUUCAGCUGAGUUUUUAGAGCUUCAGAGCUUCCCCAGAUGUUGUGGUCUGCAGCAUCCUUCUGUCAGGCAGGCAGGCCUAGUUAGGUUGUUGCUGUACCUGUGUAAACCUUGAUGAUUGCAAUGGGUUGUGAUUGUAAAUGAGAACAAGUAUUUUUGGAGAACUGUAAUCUUCAGCUCUUCUGAAAGAGGUGUUUGUAUCCCACAGAGGACUGACACUAAGCAGAGUUCCCAGGCCUUGGACUCACUGUCUGGAUGUGUAACUCACUCAGGACGUUUGAAAAGUUGCCUCUGUAUGAUGUUUGGCUUAAAUAUAUGACAGGUUUAAAUGAGCUUGUGUCAUCUGAAUCUGUGUAUGGGAUCUGGAAGCACUGUCUUCUGAGUGCAGUUAAGACUUCCCAGCACAAUAAAUUCACACAUACCCCAUGCCACUUUCUUUGCAGUAGAGCCAGAAAAGGUGCAUGUUUGGGUGACAGCAGGCUGAAAUCUCAAUAGAAUAUAUCUAGUUUUGGUGAGCUGGCCCCCAGGCUGCAAGGCUGUGUGAUCCUGGGUACAGGUGUUGUUACCCCAGGGCUGGCAUUGCAGUGCUCAGGGCUAGCAGAGUGUUUGCAGGCAUACCUGAGCCAAUGCUGUGCCCCUCUGCACUGGGGCAGGUGUCUCUGUUCCUUUAGAGGUGAAUGCUUUUGUUAAGCCAUGUGAAAAGCAAAACCAAUGGCUUAGAGACCAAAAAUCAGUGCUCCUUUCUAGAGGUGAAAAUCUGAUUUACACCUGCCUUGCUUUCUACCACAUCAGUUUUUAUUUGGGGAAUCCUUCAUGCACAUGUGGCAACAGGAAACAGAAGAGAUGAAUUCAGGAAAAAGGGAAAGUUGCUGAUAGUGUUUAGGCAUUGCAGCAGGCAUAAAAAAGGUUUAUUCCAAAUGGAUGAAUGAUUUUGGAUGUCUCUCCUUGGACUCGAGUCUGGAACAUCUUUAAAAGAGGCAAAUUAAAAGCUUUAACCAUUUGGAAUGCAAAUUCCAAUGCAAAAUGUCCCUUAAAGUGAUUAACACUACUGUCAUUAUACUAGAAUGAUUAAACUUUCUUUAAGAAGUGC